AUGCUUGCCUGUGCCCCCUGUGCCCCGUCCCCACUGGCGGUGCCUCUCGGCCGAGGGGAGCCCCGGGCAGUCCCCGCUGUCCCCUGGGCUGUGCUGGCUGUCCCGGAAAGGGGCCGAGCGGAGCCGCCGGGGCCGGGAGUUUCCUGCGGGAUCCGGCCCCGCGGGCGCCAGCAGCGGAGCGGCGGCCGGCCGAGAGGGGCACCGAGCCAGGUAACGGCACCGGGCCGGCCCGGGGGGUCCGGCCGCCCCCCGAGCGCGGGGCUGGCGCUGCCCCGCUCCCCAGCGGGGCUGUGGGGCCGGGACCGGCGGGGCGGGAGCGCCCGGUGCCCCACGAGGGGCCGGGGCGGUGCCGGUGCCUCGCCCCCGGUCACCGGGCGGGUCGGCCCCGGGGUUCGGGGGGCUCGGGGGACACCGAGGAGGGAGAGGCGCUGCUCGCGCUGCCCGGCGCGGGGGUCGGCGCUGCCCCCCGCCCCCCGGCUCAUCCCGGGGGGGGGAGAACCCCGCGGGGCGGGCGGGGAGGGACGGGAGGUGCCGGGGGACGCCGAGAAACGGGGGGUCCGGGAGGGGGGGUGUGCGCAAGAACAGGGGGAUCAGCGGGAGCUCGGGGGGUACCGGGACCCCCGCGGAGCCGCCGAAGUUUUCCGUGCGCCCGCCCCUUCCGUGCGCACCGGGCUGGCCGUUGCCAUGACAACUCCUAAAACUGAGCCCCGCUGCCGGCGGCGGGGGCCGAGCCCGCGGGGGAUCCGCCGUGCGCGCCGCUCCCCGCCCGGCCCCGCCGCCGCCCCCGCCCCGCAACGCUCCCGCAACGCUCCCGCCCCGCUCCGCCGCCGGCGGCCGCCGCGGCGAUGGUGGCUCGGGCCGCGCCGCCCGCAGCCCCGCAGGUACCGGGAGGCACCGGGAGGCACCGGGAGGCAGCGGGGGAGGCGGGCGGCGCGGGAUGCGCGGCCCGGGGGUUGGGGGCGGGAGCGCGGGGGAUGCUGCGCGGUGCGCGGGGGCGGGGGCCGCGGGCCGGGGGUGCCCCCGGGGCGUUCGGCGGGCGGGCGGGAGCGGGGCCGGCCCCGGGAGCGGCGGGGAUGGGCGGGGGGGAGGCCGAGGCUCGGCUUUCCGCGGAGCUGGGAACGGGCAGCGGGGGCUGCGAUGUGCCCGGGGCGCGUGGGCAGCCGAGCGCGGCGGUCCCCGAAUUCCCGACUCCCCGAGUUCCCUCCCCCCGGCACGGCGGAGCAGGAGCGGGAGGCCGCAGCUAAAAGGAGCACAAAGAGUAAAUUGCCACCAUCCCACUCCCGGAGGCAGCGCAGCUCUGUCACCGCUGUCACCGCUGUCACUGUGACAACGGGCACGGCUCGGGGGCAGGCGGCUCCGCCCGGAGCCCGCGUGGGCCGGGCCCGCGGUGCCACCGCCGGCCCCGGGCGGGCGCUGAGCGCGGCCCCGGCGCGGUGCGGAGCCGGUGCCGGUGCCGGUGCCGGUGCGGGAGCGGAGCGGGCGCGGGCCGCCCGCCGCGGCGCACGGAGCAUGCCUCUGAGCCCCGCGGGCAGCAAGCAUGAGAGCCCCGAGUCGCCGCCGCCGGAGCCGCCGCCGGAGCGCCAGCCCCGCGCCGCCGUCAGCAGCGGGGAGCCGAGCCCCGGCCUGCGGGAGGAGCCGCGCCUGGAGCCGGCCCGGGGCCCCGGCGGGCCCCGCUCGCCCAAGCUGGCGGCCCCGGCGCGCAUGGAGGAGCCCGCGCCCGGCGCCAUCGUGGUGCGCAUCGGCAUCCCCGACCUGCAGCAGACGAAGUGUCUGCGGCUGAACCCCGAGGUGCCGGUGUGGGUGUCCAAGCAGAGGAUCCUGUGCACGCUCAACCACAGCCUCAAGGAUGUGCUCAACUACGGCCUCUUCCAGCCCGCCUUCAACGGCCGCGCCGGAAAGUUCCUGGACGAGGAGCGGCUGCUGCGCGAGUACCCGCUGGGGCCCGGCGCGCCCGUGCCCUACCUCGAGUUCCGCUACAAGCGCCGUGUGUACUCCCAGCCCCUGCUGGAUGACAAGCAGUUCGCCAAGCUGCACACCAAGGCGAACCUGAAGAAAUUCAUGGAAUACGUGCAGAUGCUGAACUCGGAGAAGGUUUGCCGGCUGCUGGAAAAGGGGCUGGAUCCCAACUUCCACGAUCCCGACACCGGAGAGUGCCCGCUGACGGCGGCGGCGCAGCUGGAGCUCAGCGCCGAGAUGAUCAAAGCGCUCCGGAACGGCGGAGCCCACCUGGAUUUCCGCACCCGCGAGGGAAUGACGGCGCUGCACAAAGCCGUGAGGUGUCGGAAUCACGCGGCCCUGCUGACGCUGCUGGAUCUGGGAGCAUCCCCGGAUUACAAGGACAGCCGGGGGCUGACCCCGCUGUACCACAGUGCCAUGGUGGGGGGCGACCCCUACUGCUGCGAGCUGCUGCUGCACGACUACGCCCGCCUGGGCUGCGUGGACGAGAACGGCUGGCAGGAGAUCCACCAGGCCUGUCGCUACGGACACGUGCAGCACCUGGAGCACCUCCUGUUCUACGGAGCCGACAUGACGGCGCAGAACGCCUCAGGAAACACCGCCCUGCACAUCUGCGCCCUCUACAACCAGGAAAGCUGUGCCAGGGUUCUCCUCUUCCGAGGCGCCAGCAAGGAAAUCCGGAAUUACAACAGCCAGACGGCCUUCCAGGUGGCCAUCAUUGCAGGGAAUUUCGAGCUGGCGGAAAUCAUCAAAACCCACAAAGAGUCCGAUGUUGUGCCUUUCCGAGAAACGCCCAGCUACACCAAGCGCCGCCGGCUGCUCGGCUCGGGCGGGUUGGCGUCGCCGCGCGUCCUCCAGCGCUCGGCCAGCGACAACAACCUGAAGGCCGAGAGCCGCGCCUCCUACUCGCCGGUGCCGUCCCUGCGGAGCCUCCCGCCGCAGCUCCUGGUCCAGAUGCAGGAAGCGGCGGCUGGAAUGGCGGCCGCUGGAAUGGCGGGCGGGGACGGGAGCCUGGCCAGCUCGGGCAGCGCCCGCAGCGCCCACAGCCGCUCGCCCUCGCUGCAGCGCGUGCAGGAGGAGAGGGAGGCCGAGGCGCCCUCGCUGCGCCGGAGCAGCCGCGGGAAAGCCAGCCCCGCCGGCCCCGCCGGGCCCCCCGCCGGCCCCGGUACCGAGCCCGCGCCCCACGCCGCGCCCGCCCCGCUGCGCGGGCCCAAGCGGAAGCUUUACAGCGCCGUGCCCGGCCGCAAGUUCAUCGUGGUGAAGAGCUACGCGCCGCAGGGCGAUGGCGAGAUCCAGCUCAACCGCGGCGAGGCCGUCAAGGUGCUGAGCAUCGGCGAGGGCGGAUUCUGGGAAGGCUCCGUGAAGGGCAGGAGCGGCUGGUUCCCGGCAGAAUGCGUGGAGGAGGUGCAGAUGCGCCAGUACGACUCCAGGCAAGAAACCAGGGAAGACCGGACCAAGCGGCUUUUCCGGCACUACACCGUCGGAUCCUACGACAACUUCACCUCCCACAGUGACUACAUCAUCGAGGAGAAGACGGCCGUGCUGCAGAAGCGGGAGCAUGAGGGCUUCGGCUUCGUCCUGCGCGGGGCCAAAGCCGAGACCCCGAUCGAGGAGUUCACGCCCACGCCGGCAUUCCCAGCACUGCAGUACCUGGAAUCCGUGGAUGUGGAAGGAGUCGCCUGGAGAGCGGGAUUGCGCACGGGGGACUUUCUGAUCGAGGUGAACGGAGUGAACGUGGUGAAGGUGGGGCACAAGCAGGUGGUGGCGCUGAUCCGGCAGGGCGGGAAUCACCUCCUGAUGAAGGUCGUGUCCGUCAGCCGCAAGCCCGACUCCGAGGAGGGAUCCCGCAAGAAGGCUCCGCCGCCGCCCAAGAGAGCGCCCAGCACCACCCUCACGCUGCGCUCCAAAUCCAUGACGGCCGAGCUGGAGGAGCUGGAGAAGCUGGAUGAGAUCCUGGCGGCCGCCGAGCCGGCGCUGAGGGCGGAGCUGGUGGAGGCCGACUCGCGGGCGGCCACGGUGAAACAGCGCCCGACCAGCCGGAGGAUCACCCCCGCGGAGAUCAGUUCCCUGUUUGAGCGCCAGGGAAUGGCACAUUCCGGGGUCCUGGCAGGAACGGAGAAGCCCCACGUGUCCCUCCGGAAGGGAAUUCCACGGACCAAGUCAGUAGGUGAAGACGAGAAACUGGCUGCGUCCUUGCUGGACGGGAAGUUCCCGCGGAGCACCUCCAUGACGGACACGGUCCGGGAAGGCCACGGGAUCCCCCCUCCCCCGCAGACCGCCCCUCCCCCGCCCCCCUCCCCCUACUACUUCGACACCGGCCCCCCUCCGUCCUUCUCGCCCCCGCCGCCGCCGGGCCGGGCCUACGACACCAUCAGGUCCAGCUUUAAGCCGGGCUUAGAAGCCAAACUGCACGGGCUGCCGCAGGUGCUGAGCGCGGCCGAGAUGUACGACCAGGCCAGGGGCUCCAUGCCCUACCCCGAGCGGCAGAAGAGGGCCCGCUCCAUGAUAAUCCUCCAGGAUUCCUCCCACCUCCCCGUGGAACCCACCGAGAUCCCGCGGCCCGGCCCGGCGGCCACGCCUCCGGAGAAGCUCAAGAGGAAGGGCCGGGUCAUCGACAACCCCUACGCCAACAUGGGCCAGUUCAAUGUGAGCCUCUUCGCCCCCACCAAGCCGCAGAGGAAGAAGAGCCCCCUGGUCAAGCAGCUCCAGGUGGAGGACGCCCAGGAACGGGCGGCCUUGGCCAUCACCGGCGGCUACUCCUCCCGAGAGCCGUCCCCCACGCGCCGGAGCCACCGCCUGGACUACCAGCACCACCCCGGCAUCGCUCAGGUGGAAGCCGCCGGCCUCCCCUUCGCCACCGCCAUCGCCGCCGGCGUCAUGAAGGACCGGGACCGGCGGCUGGACGAGAGGAGGAAAUCCACGGUGUUCCUGUCGGUGGGAGCCAUCGAGGGGCCGGCGCCGGGCGGCAGCGAGAUGCCGUCGCUGCAGCAGUCGCGCUCCAUCGACGAGCGGCUCCUGGGCAGCCGGGACGUCCUCCUGCCGUCCCCCGUGUCAGCUUUAAAGCCAUUAAUCAGCAGCUCCUCCUCGACUUUCAUCCACCCCCUGACGGGAAAGCCCCUGGAUCCCAACUCGCCCCUGGCGCUGGCGCUGGCCGCAAGGGAACGGGCGCUGUCCACUCAAGUCCCAUCCCGGUCGCCCACCCCGAUCCACAGCCCCGACUCGGACAGAGCCGCGCCCCUGUUUGUGGACAUCCAAACCAAAGAACCGGACAGGGGGGACUUGGAGAGCUUGGUGUCCCCCGCCUACUCCCCCGGAGGGAAGGCGGUGAUGGCGGCCGACGCCGGCGCUCUGACCCCCACCAAGAGCCCCUGGGGGACUCCGACCACCCUGCGGAAGGAGCCCGAGGUGCGAGCGGAGCCGCCGGGCAAGGAGGAGAAGAAACCCGAGGACAAGAAGUCCAUGAUCAUCAGCAUCGUGGACACAUCGCAGCAGAAGACCGCCGGCCUCAUCAUGGUCCACGCCACCAGUAAUGGUCAAGACGAGAUAGGCCUGGAGAUCAAAGAGGAGAGCCCGGCCGUGCCCGAGGUCUGCGCCGAGCCGGCCGAGUCCCCCAAGGCCGAGCCCCAGCCCAGCCCCGUGGGGAAGCCGCCGGCCAGCCCGGCCUCGGAGAAGGCGCUGGGCCAGGGCAGCUCGGAGGAGGAGGUGGAGCCCUACACGGUGACCCUCCCGCCGGCCCAGCUGUCCUCCAGCGACGAGGAGACCCGCGAGGAGCUGGCCAAGAUCGGGCUGGUGCCGCCCCCGGACGAAUUCGCCAACGGGGUGCUGGUGACCACCCCCGGCACCCCCGUGAGCCACCUGGCCGCGCCCGGCGCGCCGUCCCUGCCAGCGGCAGCAGUAGCACCUUCUCCCCCCGGCGCGACACCCUCAGGGAAGCCCUCGGACGCCCCCGCGGCCCCGGAGUCGGCGGCGGACUCGGGAGUGGAAGAGGUGGACACCAGGAGCUCCAGCGACCACCACCUGGAGACCACGAGCACCAUCUCCACGGUCUCCAGCAUGUCCACGCUGUCCUCGGAGAGCGGCGAGCCCACCGACACCUACACGUCCUUCGCCGACGGCCAAACUUUUCUACUCGAGAAGCCACCAGUGCCUCCAAAGCCCAAACUCAAGUCCCAGCUCAGCAAGGGGCCGGUUACUUUCAGGGACCCACUUUUGAAGCAGUCUUCGGACAGCGAGCUCAUCUCCCAGCACCACGCGGCCACGCUGGCGGCCACCAGCGCGGCCCGGCCACGCUACCUCUUUCAGAGAAGGUCCAAGCUAUGGGGGGACCCCAUGGAGAGCAGGCCCGGCCACGGGGCCGAAGAGGACAAACCAACUGUGAUCAGCGAGCUGAGCUCCCGCCUCCAGCAGCUCAACAAGGACACGCGCUCCUUGGGCGAGGAACCGGCCGGCUCCGCCCUGGAUCCCGGCAAGAAGUCGCCGGUGGUGGCCGCACGACUUUUCAGUAGUUUAGGAGAACUCAGCACCAUUUCCCAGCGCAGCUCCGGCACCACCUUCACCGUGCGGCCCGGCAGCCGCUACCCCGUCACCCGCCGCACGCCCAGCCCCGUCAAACCCGCGGCGCUGGAGCGGCCCGAGCCCCUCAGCACCGUCCGGCCCUACGGCCUGACGCCCCCCACCAUCCUCAAAUCCUCCAGCCUCUCCAUCCCCCACGAGCCCAAGGAAGUUCGCUUCGUGGUCCGCAGCGUCAGCGCCCGCAGCCGCUCCCCGUCGCCGUCGCCGUCGCCGGGGCCGCCGCUGCACACGCUGCACCCGCCGCGGCCCUUCAUGCAGAAGCCGCUGCACCUGUGGAACAAGUACGACGUGGGGGACUGGCUGGAGAGCAUCAACCUGGUGGAGCACCGGGACAAGUUCGAGGACCACGAGAUCGAGGGCACCCACCUGCCCGCCCUGACCAAGGAGGACUUCGUGGAGUUGGGGGUGACCCGCGUGGGGCACCGCAUGAACAUCGAGCGGGCGCUCAAGCAGCUGGUGGACAGCUGACCGCGUCCGGAGCCGCCGUGGGAAGGGCGGGGCGGAUUUCCCAAGCCAAGAAAACCCACUCGGAUUCUCCUUCUCCUUCUCCGAGCGCUGCACUGAGGGCGUGGGGCCGCCCCCGGCUCCCGCCCGCUCCCGCCCCGGCCCCGCGCCGCCUCCGGCCCAGGAAUGUUGCAUGAAAUUCCUCCUCGCUCCCGUUCUCCCGGAGAGUCUGGCCUGGAAAUCGCUCCGUGUGCCCCGCCCGGGGUGGCACCGGCGACACGCAGGGACGCCCCGCGGUGGUGGCACCUCGGGGGCGAUGCGGCCCGGAGCAGGCGGGUGGCACCUGCGGGGGUGGCACCUCCCGGGUGGCCCUGCCACGCUCGGAGGUGGCCCGAGAUCCUGACAAGUCCCAGGUGUCCCUGCCGGGAGGUGGCCCCGAGUCCUGACACCCCCCAGGUGUCCCCGGCAGGGUCAGAGGUGGCCCCAGCUCCUGACACCCCCCAGGUGUCCCCGGCAGGGUCACAGUUGUCCCUGCCAGGCUUGGAGGUGGCCCAAGGUCCUGAACUCCCCCAGGUGUCCCCGCCAGGGGGUGGCACCAGGUCCUGAACCCCCUCCAGGUGUCCCCGGCAGGGUCAGAAUUGUCCCGGCCAGGAGAUGGCCCCGGGUCCUGCCCCCCCUCAGGUGUCCCUGCCAGGAGGUGGCCCCGGGUCCUGCCCCCCCCUCAGGUGUCCCUGCCAGGAGGUGGCCCCAGGUCCCCCCCCAGGUGUCCCAGCCGGGGAGUGGCCCUGGGUCCUGAACCCCCUCAGGUGUCCCUGCCAGGAGGUGGCCCCAGGUCCCCCCCAGGUGUCCCUGUUAGGAGAUGGCCCCGGGUCCUGCCCCCCCUCAGGUGUCCCUGCCGGGGGAUGGCCCCAGGUUCUGCCCCUCCCCCCAGGUGUCCCUGCCGGGAGGUGGCCCCAGGUCCCCCCCAGGUGUCCCCGUCGGGCUCGGAGGCGGCGGCUCCAUCGGGGCCAUCCCGGCGGCGCUCCCGGAGAAAGGAAGGAAGGAAGGAAGGAAGGAAGGAAGGAAGGAAGGAAAGGAUGAAGGGAAGGAGGAAGGAAGGAAGGAAGGGCCGGGAAGGCUCCAGCGGCGGCCGUGCCACCCCGAGCCGUGCCAGGCCGUGCCAGAAGAGCCCCCCCCGCCAGGCGGACCCCCCGGACUCUGAGCUGCUGCCCCGGCCGGGUGAGAGGGAGCGAGGAGCGCAUGGAUCGAAGCAUGUUUGGGAAUGUCGGGAGGCUGGGGGGGACGAAUCCCGCAGCAAAAAAAAAACAAAAAAAAAAACAAAAAAAAACGCUUUGGCAACGUUUAGAGGGGAGGGGGCGGGGGGUGGGAAAGGUUUGAUUUCCUCUGGGCUUGGGGUCUUGUUUUUUCCAAAGGGGGGAAAAGCGUUGAUGGGAAAUUAUUUAAUCUCCGUGCAUUUAUCUAGAGAGCAGCUGAUAAGCCCCACGAGAUAACGAAUUACAGGAUCCUCCCCCCCGCCCCACACACCCCCCUUCCGGCCCCCCAAAAUCCCGCUCAUCCCUCGUUUUGCAUCUUUUUAAGCAGCUCUAUAUUUGGAAAGAGAGAAUAUCUAUAUAUCUAUAUCUCCAGAGCUAUAGCCACCUGAUUUUUGUUAGGAUUUUCCUAAAACAAUUCCUGUCUCUGGACUGGAGGAGACGCUCCCGGGACGCCCGUGGCUCGUGGGAGUUUUUAAGCGACUGAAUGAAUGUGAAAAA